AUGAAUAGUCAAUAUAUACGUCACGAAGUGCGAGGAUGUGAAACUAGCCAUCUGAGAAACUUCUGGGAAAAGACAAUUGAACAACAAACUCGGUAUCUGCAAGUUGAAAAAGAACGUCAGCAAAGAAGUGCUCUGACAAAGCUCAGAAAUGAAUGGAUGGAGAGGCUUGAAAAACGAAUAAAGAUGUUGAGGACCCAACCUGAAGACACAUCUAGUUGAAGAUCCCACACUCAUUGCUUGUAUAGGAAGAGAAUAAAAUUGUUUUGUGGGAGAAUAUGACAGUGGGAUGCGAAAACUCAAGUUAUUUUACAUUGUGGCUUAAAUGAGUGAUAAAAAUUACCUGUUAUUGUCAGAAGUUUCACAUGUGAAUUGCUGCUUUUAAUGUUAUGUAUCCAUCCCCUCAUUUAAUAAACAGAGAUUGAAACUCUCUGAAGUGUUCAAAACAAGGUCACUGAGCUGUAGAUGCAUGGGAAAAAAAUAAACAUUUUGCUACACUAUGCUCAGCAAAAAUAUUUUCAGGAUAUUAUAAUUUUCUCUCUGAACUAAACUGAUGGCAAUUUAAGUAGGCUCUUUUUUUUUCCCCCAAAAUAGUGAAUGAAUAGUUAAGUGACUGUAUCUUUGGUUUUCUUUGUUUUGUUUUUAAAUACAGCAGAGCCCUACUCAAACUAAGAAAGUGAGGACAUAUAUGAACAUAUAUUUACAUCCUAGUCCACAAGUACUGCCAAACCUGACAGCCAUUAUAGAUCCUAUUUGACAUAUUAAAUAUUUGUAAAGCCAUUAAUACAUUGUCUGAGAAACAGGUUUUAUGAUAUACCAAAAAGAACUGCUUUACUUGUUAAACCAAAUUAGCUAAAUCAAGAGGCAAAAUGUCUUGGAGAUUUGAAGCUGUUUCUGGUACUCAAACCAAGUUGUCUAGAGCUGAGCUGAUACGUGUCACACAGACAACCUGAUGCAUCUUCACAUUUGCCUGACACCCUGAGCGGAGAGCAUACUCUUUUCUCUAACCUGAUGAAACCCAAUAUGUACUCCUUCACAACCAGUACCUUCAGAAUAGCAGCAAAUUUCUUUUCUCACAUUUCCCAUUCUAGUUCCCUUUCUAAUGUUUCAUAAGGAUGUGAUGUCUCUUUCAACAGUAUCAAAGCAUAUCAACAGGCAGCAUAAUAAAACCAUUUCCUUCUUAGGAUGACUUCUUUGUUGCCACCACAAUGUGUGGGGUAAUACGUGGUAAAAUGGGCUGUUCUGAGUACUUUAAAAAUCUUUCCUCAAUUGCUUAACUUUUCAGUUCCUUUCAUUUGAUAAUUUCACUAGUUUUCUGGUAAUUCAUUUUGUUUCAUAGUAAAUAUUUGAAUUACUGGGAGACAAGGGAACCAAGGAAAGGUUUGGUGUUUAAAAUUUAGAACAUUCGUUGUUUUGUUUUGUUUUGUUUUUUUAAGAAAAACAAAAAAUUCAAAUGCUAUUUGUUCUGUCUUCAUAUACUAUCUUUUAAUUUCAUUUCUGUGAGUUCCUAGGAGAAAUCAGACAUAUUAUGAGAAUUAAAGCAUUAAAAUAAUUCCCAACAAAUUAUUUUUUGGAAACUUGUGAAAUCAAUUAGACAUGGAAAAAAGAUGCCCUUGAAGUAUAUGUUUGGAAAUCAAGACAUCAGUAGGUAUGUCAUCAAAGUGAGAGAAUUUUGCUUGACAGAUGAGAAAGCUGCUGAAUUCACAUUCUUCACCAGAAUCUCUUUCUUAAGCAGUAUCUAAAGCAACAUCAAUUGAGAAUACACAUUCUCAUCUAAUCCAGAAGAAAGUAGUAUAAUUACAGUGUAGCUGAACUUUAACAAACAACCCCUA